AUGUCAGCAUUUGAGGAUUUAGGUGUUUUACCAGAAAUUAUUAAAGCAAUAGAAGAGUUAGAUUGGUUAUUACCAACACCGAUUCAAAGUGAAGCAAUUCCAUUAAUUUUAGGUGGUGGUGAUAUUUUAGCAGCAGCAGAAACAGGUUCAGGUAAAACCGGUGCAUUCGCAUUACCAAUUUUACAAAUUACAUACGAAACAUUAAAUAAUAAAGCAGAUAUACCAGUUCUUCCAGAAGAUCAGUCAUCAAAUGAAUCAAAAGAUAAUGGUAUUGAAUGGGACCAAUUAAAUAGAGAUAGAGAGUUAGCAGUUGAUGGAUUGGUUUGUCAAGCACGUUCUGCAGCAUGGAAUGGUAUUAGAGCUACCAAAGGUAUUAGUUCAGGUAAAUUUUAUUAUGAAGCUAUUAUUAGAGAUGAGGGUUUAUGUAGAGUCGGUUGGGCAUUAAGCAAAGCAACAAGAAAUAUAGGUACAGAUAAAUUUUCAUGGGGAUAUGGUGGCACAGGUAAAAAAUCGCAUCAAGGUACGUUUGCAGAUUACGGUAAACCAUUUGGAAAUAAUGAUUGUAUUGGCUGCUAUAUAAAUUUCGAUGAUGAGGUAAUGGGUUAUACAAAGAAUGGCGAAGACUUUGGUGAGGCUUUUACCUUCAAUUCAAAAGCAGGCAUCUUUUAUCCAGCAUUGGUUUUAAAGAAUGCUGAAAUAGCUUUUAAUUUUGGUAAAGAUCCAAUGAAGCAUCAAUUGAAGGGUUAUAAACCAUUAAUCGAAGCCGAGUUAUUAGCCGAUCAAGCAUCAGCACCAGCACCAGAACCAUCAAAUAAUAAAAAUAUUAAAAAAUCAAAUAAAAAAGAAAAAGAAGAUAAAUCAACAAAUACACAAUCAGAUAAGCCACGUAAACCAUUAUCAUUAAUUAUUGAACCCACCAGAGAGUUAGCAGAUCAAACAUAUAGUGCAAUUUUAAAUUUUUCAAAAUAUUUAGACAAUCCAAAUAUUCAAGUAUCGUUGUGUAUUGGUGGUGAAAAAUCAUUGGGUGGUCGUAAUAAAAUAGAGGGCGAUAUUAUUAUCGGUACACCAGGUAGAUUAGAAUCGUUGGUUAAAGAUGGAUCCAUCGAUCUUAGUUCAAUUAGGUUCUUUGUUUUGGAUGAGGCUGAUCAAUUAAUCGAAGAUAAUUUAUCAAUCGUUAAUUAUAUCUACAACAAACUACCAAUUGGCCAAAAUCUUCAAAUAUUAUUCUUUUCAGCUACACUCCAUUCAAAUAAAGUCAUUAAAUUCUCUGAACAAAUAACAAAGAAUCCAACAUGGGUCGAUUUAAAGGGUAAAGAUUUUAUACCUGAUUUAAUUACCCAUGCCUAUAUAAAGGCUGAUCCAUCAAAAUAUGAAACCUUAUGGAGAGAUUCAGAAAACCCACUUCGUAUUCGUACAGAUGGUGUACAUGCAAUGGAUGUAACUAAAUUUGGUAAACUUAAAGAACCAGAACAAAAAUCCGAAGCUAUCAAACUCUUAAAGGCCCAGUUACUCUUAAAGUGUAUUCAAUCAUUCAAAAUGGAUCAAGCUAUUAUCUUUGCACGUACUAGAGUUGAUUGUGAUUGCAUUCAUAACUUUUUAAAAGAGGCAGGUGGUGAAAGUACCAAGUCAGGAUUAGAGGGCGAGUAUUCAUCCACAGUGCUUCAUGGUGAUGUUAAUAAGGCUCGUAAAGAAAAUUUAGAGAAAUUUAAGAAUGGUGAAGUUCGUUUUUUAAUUUGUACAGAUGUAGCAGCUAGAGGUAUCGAUAUUAGAGGAUUACCAUUCAUGAUUAAUUACACAUUACCAGCAUCAUUCGAGGAUUAUAUCCAUAGGGUCGGCAGAGUCGGUAGAGCUGAUCGUAUCGGUCUAGCAAUUUCAUUAGUAGGUAGUGAUCAAGAAAAGGUUUGGUAUCACACUUGUCGUGACAAAGGUAGAGGUUGUCAUAAUACUAAAUUAACUGAAAAUGGUGGUUGUUGCAUUUGGUACGAUGAGCCAGAGCUUUUCCAUCCAAUUCAAGAGUCAAUUGGUCCAGUCGAAUUAAAUGAUCAAUUCCAAUUACCUCAAGAUAUGAAUUUAACUUUUGGUGCCAGUAGUAAUAAAUCUUUGGUUUUAGAUUACCAACCACACACCGAAGAAUUAUCAUCAAGAGUUGAACAACUAUCUCAAUUAGAACAAACUAUUCAAAGAGAUUAUUUAUCUUUACCAAUUCGUAUAACAGAAAUUGUAAAUAAUAAUAAUAAUAAAAUGAAAUCUUAA